AUGGGGACGCUCGCUGUGCUGCUGACCUUGAUGGCCUCAGUCCGCCAGGUUCUUUCCGUGGACAACCUUCCAGUGUGCGGCUCUCCUGUGAUCUCCAAUCGCAUAGUUGGAGGUGUAGACACUUUGGAUGGGGAGUGGCCGUGGCAAGUCAGUCUGCAGUAUGCUAACAUGCACGUCUGUGGGGGCUCCCUGAUCUCACCCCAAUGGGUGCUGACCGCGGCACAUUGCUUUGACGGAUCUGUCCUAGCAGAGUUGUAUACAGUAUAUGUAGGCCCAUACAAGCUGUUUACGGAUAAUCCCAACUCACGCAUCAGCGUAGAAAAUUACUUUCCUAAUGCUAAUUAUAAAGACACCGGAGACAUUGGGGACAUCGCCCUGGUGAAGUUGGCCAGUCCUGUUAAUUAUACUCAAUACAUCAUGCCCAUCUGCCUGCCAUCUUCUUCCGUCACCUUCCCCUGUGGCAUGGAGUGCUGGGUGACUGGCUGGGGGACAACAUCCUACCUAGGGGAUUCACCUGUAGAUGGAACCCUCCAGAAAGUGAUGACUCCACUCAUUGACUACCAAACUUGUGACGCAAUGUAUCAUGUGGACAGCGUGGAAGAUGCGAGUGCGGUUAUUAUCCAAGAUGAAAAGAUAUGUGCGGGCUACAGAAAUGGGCUAAAGGACGCAUGUCAGGUGGGUGACACUAAAAGGGGCUCAUCUUUCACAAUUUUGGAGGAUUCUCCCUCCAAUG